AUGAGUGGGUACGAUAGUGCAUUGUCGAUCUUCUCUCCUGAUGGACAUGUUUUCCAAGUUGAAUAUGCUUCUGAAGCCGUCAGAAGAGGUACCUGUGCCGUUGGAGUUAAAGGAUCAUCCUGUGUUGUUUUAGGUUGCGAAAAGAGAACCACGCUUAAAUUACAAGAUCCUCGGAUCACACCUUCCAAAAUUUGUAAGAUAGAUCAACAUAUUUUACUUGCAUUUGCUGGAUUAAAUGCUGAUGCUCGUAUUUUGGUUGAUAAGGCACGUGUGGAAGCUCAAUCUUAUCGGUUAACAUUAGAAGAUUCGGUUACUGUUGAAUAUUUAACUAAGUAUGUUGCUGGAGUUCAACAACGGUAUACUCAAAGUGGAGGUGUUAGACCCUUUGGGAUUGCCACUAUAAUUGCCGGGUUUGAUGCCAAUGAUAAUGUACCCAAAUUGUAUCAAACCGAACCUUCUGGAGUUUAUAAUGCUUGGAAGGCCCAUGCUAUUGGGAAAUCCAGUAAGACCGUUAGAGAGUUUUUGGAGAAACAUUAUGAAGAAGAUAUGGAUGAUGCCACUACUAUUAGAUUGACAAUUAUGUCGCUUUUAGAAGUGGUUCAGACUGGAGGGAAGAACAUUGAGGUUUCUGUAUUAAGAUCAGGUAAUCGUAUUCAACAAUUAACUAGUGAGGAAAUUAAAGAGUACGUCGAUGCUAUAGAGGCAGAAAAGGCAUUGGAAAGUGAAAAGAAGAAACCAAAGAAUAAAGAGUAG